AUGGAUGACGCUCAUGCACAUCCUCGCUCACCUGUCCACACCCUGCAGCGUACGCGGCCCCGGUCAACCACAGCCCUGAAUACACUCGACCAGUGCACCUCGAAUACAACACCAAAGUCGGCCCCUCACUCCCGCCAACAGCGCCUGCUACAUACUCGUAAUGCAAAAUUUCCUGGCCAGAGAUUAUCUGUGAACGGCAUCACCAUACCCUUCCCUCGCCUAGUGCGGUCCGUUGAGAACGACAGUCAUCAUCAAUAUCCAACUUCACGAUUAGCCAAGCAAGAAGACGAUGGCGUUCAACCAGAGAACAGCCGGGAUCUGAGUACUCCAUCACCUAGAUCCUCCAUUUUGAAUGAGAUCACGAACUCCGGUUAUUGUCUACGUGGAUUGCAGAGAAGAGGUCCCAUCCCAGUUUUUCAGGAUUCGCAAGACAAAAAUAGUCCCGACGGCACAAAGAAUACAUCCUCCAUCUAUCGUGACGGAUCCAGCAAAUUCCAGACGCCUUCGGUAACUGGUUCUGCUAGCGACACGCCCAGCAUGGGUCUUAGAGAGGUCUCCGUGAACCUCCAGCGACAGUCGCCUCACAAGGACUCUCCAUUGAAUAGAUCACUUCGGGGACAUGCGCGCCGGAAGUCGUCCCUUGCCAAACCUCGAUUCAACUCCGAGGACUACAUUGAACACAUUGAGAAUGAACUUCAAACGGUCAAGGAUGCUAUGUAUUCGCCCACAACCAACACAUCAUGGAAAGAAAAGCUCAAAAAGACGAAAGACGACAACGAUCGGCUCAGAAAGGAGAUCGAAAGCAUGAGAUCGUCUUUCGAUAUGGAAAUGCAGCAAACUGUCGAACGCUCUACAGAAACAGAGGGAAGACUGAAGAGGAGAAUUAAGGAUCUCGAAGAUGAAGUCGAGCUCAAAAAGUCAACCAUCCAGGAUCUGGAGUGCGACCGAGAAGAGGAAAGAAUUGAUCAAACUACCCUCGAAGCGUUUCGGACAAGGAUCGACAAAUUGGAAGAAGAAAAGGCCUCGCUCGAGAUCACAAAUGCGGGAAUGAUGAAGCGCAAUGAGGUCUUGACUCAGCUCCUGGCACUUUCACCAACCAAGGCACACUACAGCUUCGAACUCCCCACUCCAAGAAGAAGAAGUGCACGCCCAAUGUCUAUGAUCAUACCUAAAAUGCCUUCUUCCCCUGCAAGUCAGACACCGGGAAGCAGGUCAAUACUAGUGUCUCCUCCGCUACCUGCCACGGAGUACUUCCCAGUCCAGGCUGCAUCGUCUCCACUGGCCGCAGCCUUGGACAGCGUCAAAGCAAAUGGUCCCGACGAUCUGGAAUCUCUCGGAUCCGGAUCCGGUGUGUCGUUAUUGCAGCUUACAGGCAUGCCAAGUCCCAGACGCUCAACGCUAGCUUCGCACAGCUCCCACAGCUCAGAAGUUCUUCCAGUUGCUCACCCAGAGGUUAGGCCUGCGGCGCCGACUCGACAGCCAUCCAAGAGAAGACCUCGAAAAUUCAUGCCUGGCUCAACACAGUUGAAACCCUUGUUACUGCCGACAUUCACCGCCGAAAACGGCAAUCUGCCUUCAACCUCCCAUGUUACUUCACCAAAACGACCUACCUCCAGUAUCAUCAGUUCAGGGCUUUCAUACAUUCCUCAGGCGGCCCCAUCUUUACUGUCAAGCGGAACUAGGGAAAACGAUCUUGUCGAGAGUGCUCCACCCAGUCCUUCAGACAAUCCGAGCGAACAACCUGGUCCCCCUUUCCAGAGUCUCAAUGAGGUCUUUGCAAAGGAUGAAGAGACAUGGCGCUCCAAAGCCGUAAACGACGCGUUCGCUAGACUGACGCAAGGAUCCGAGACAGGUCAAUAUCAGACACCGAAACAACCAAGACAUAUAGGACAGGAUGUCGAGGGACCAAGUCCGGACACUGACUACCGUCCACGGGUAAGUUCCUGGUUGCUGAGAACAAUCCCAACACCGGCCCAGGACAAGCACCUUCAAGUCGACAAUGACAGUGCCCUAUCAGACUCCAAAGAUGAUGAAAACAACGACAUGUUUCCGAGAAACUCAGCGCGUGAUAGUGUAUGGACCGUGCAGGAUUUUGGCAUCUCUCCCAGCACACAGCUAGAUGAUACUGUCGACAUUCCACGUCCCCUGUUCUCACGAGUGCUGUCAGAUUCUGAGGAGGCGGAACAAUCACCACUUUGUUACGAAGACAACCAGUCUCCUCUAAACCUACGAAAGCGCUGUAAAGCGAACUCGACCUGCAAGAAUCACGACGACCAGAUCACCAAAGGUGACGCUCCCACUAUCCCAGUAGUUGCAACUGGUGCUCGACACACGCUCAGCCCAAGUUCGGUCAUUGACAGGGUAGGCAGCACAAAUGAGGAUCCCCCACGGAACCCCACUGUCAGACAUAAGAGCGCUGCGAGGAAACGCGAUCCGCUUGAAAUGCUUCAACGGAGUAUGGGGUCACGGGCUCUGGCGGCUAUUACGAUACGAACCGUGUACGCUACCUUGACGAAGUAUACUUCUUACAUUCAAAAAUUCAAGCGAGAUCCACUUGCCCUUGCUCGGCGAGUCAUAGCAAAUGCCUGGCGAUCCAAUUGGGCGAUGUUUGGAAAGUUGAGUUGGUGGGUAUUGGGACUCUUCAUCGGCUACAAGCAAUCAAAUCCCGACCAGACUGAAUGGAACUGGGAUCAAUACGAUGGCGAGAGUAUCGCCGAUCGGUGCCUUGUGUCACAGGUAGACGACGCAAACGUCAAUUUCGGUCCCGAUCCGCCCGGUCCGCCACAAGGCUGGAACGGGCGGGAACGAGACGACCCUGCAAACAAUGCGCCUCAGGAUGUUCCCAAGCCUCCAUCAACGGCGCCGAAAGCUGGCUGGGGCCGAUCUCUAUUUCUCUGGGGCAAGUUCAGUGUUGCAAUCAUGCUUGCCGUUGGUGGUGCUAUCGUGAAAGGUCCAGGUGAGAUGUUGCGCGAGACCGAAGAACGCCGAAGAUCUCGCCCGAAUAGUGUAGUGUCACCUCAAGUCACGCACACGAGCUCCCAGAAACGCCCGCUCGCAGAGCCAGGUGGGCCAGUCCAAUCACGCAACACCAGGAUACAAGACGAAGCUGCUGAAGUCAUCCACGGCCACGACCUUUCCAGAACGAGAGACACGGUCCGGAAAGUUCGAAGUCACAGCUCUCCAUCUCCGUCACCGCGUGGCUACCGCUUUGAACCUGGCACUGCAGAGCAAGGCAUGCCUAUCACCAAAGCAGACACAGUGAUCUCUUCAAUCGCAAUAGGCGACACCUCCUUCGAAGUGGGCCACCAUCAUGUCCUUAACGAUGAAACCCUGAAACCAACAAGGAAUGGGCGUAAGGGACUCGAGUCUGUGUACACACCGUUGUUGUACGAUGAACACAACCCAGCUGCGCGCACGCCAGACGUGUCGAACCUCGAUCACUACAAGUGUGACAACGCUUCCUUUCUUCAAUUGACGGAACCUGGAUAG